AUGGCUCCCAGAGUUGUUAUUACUUUUUACUCCAUGUACAGCUAUAUUAAAAGAUUGAUGCUCUCUGUUGAGGUCCUGGCGAAGAUGCACACUUCCCCCAAAUCUUUGGUAUCUGUAAUUAAGCCGGAUAUUUCCACUUGCUUUGGGAACUUCCCCGUCCAAUGGAAAGCUUUUUGGGAUCAGACUGGUGGUAUUAGGGCGUCGGACGGUUACUGGAGCAAAUAUCCCAGUCUGUUCGUCUCGACCGGAAUCCUGGGAGGUGGCCAGGAAUCUACUGUAUUAACGGCUAUGAGUACUCUCGCCUAUUAUGGCUUUAUUUAUAUAUCUCUAGAUUAUAAGACGAUAUUUCUGCUUCUUACUAAUCUCAAGGAGAUCCAUGGUGGAAGUGGGGCGGAUGGCUCCCGUCAGUCUAGUAAGCUUGAGCUUUCUAUUACUGAGGUCCAGGGCAAGUUAUUCUAUCAGCAUAUUUCCCGGCUUAAUCUCGCUUGA